AUGACAUCUCUUUUCUUGUUUCUCUCUUGUUUUAGUGUAUUUUAUAUAUAAAACCCCCUCUUUGUCAAUCUUGACUCAUCGUCAUCACUUCUUUCUACAGAUAUAGAUUGCGGCAAUUGCGAGGGUCUUUUCUGUUUUAGUGACAUCGCGAUUUGUUGACAACACAAUAUGAGAACAUCGUUAGCAACCAGUGCGCUUUUAUUACUUUCGCCCAUCGUAUCAUCGCUUGCAGUUCCGCGAACGGAUCUGCUCUCUCUUGAGGAGCGAGAGGAACUUGCGGCAGUAGUUAUUCCUGAUGUCGUGGAUUUAGAGAAGCGACGCGGUGGAGGAGGUGGGGGUAAGGGCGGUAGUUCAGGCAGUUCAGGCAGUUCAGGCAGUUCAGGAAGCUCAGGAAGCUCAGGAAGCUCAGGAAGCUCAGGAAGCUCAGGAAGUUCGGGAAGUUCAGGCAGUUCAGGUGGCUCAAAAGGUGGGAGUUCAAGUUCCAGCUCGUCUGGCUCGAGUGGUUCCAAAGGCUCCAGUUCGAGUGGUUCAAAAAGUGGAAAAUCAAGUUCUAACGGGAAAUCUGGUGCAGGUUCUUCGGGUAGUACGUCGCCGUCGAGUAACACCGGAGGCAAAACAAGUGCUGGAUCAGGCACAUCCAGAUCCUAUGGAGGAGGUAGCUACUACCCCGGUGGCGCUACCACUCCCUUCGCUGCCGGUAGUCGAUCUUCAUCCGGCAUCACUCCAUACCUCUUCGCUGGAGGCGCUCUUGGUAUCGCAGCAUUUGCAGCCUUUCACUAUCCAUUCUACGGUUACCCUUAUGGUGCCCCAUACUAUUAUCAUCACCCGUGGAACCAGACCCAGCAACAAACCGACAACAACAACAGCACUGGAAAUUAUACCAUGAACGUUGUUUGUUAUUGCGAACAAUAUAGCGAGUGUGGAUGCGACGACAACAAGAACGCCACCUUCCUUAACGAACUCAUUGGAGACCCUCCUCACAACUCCAGUGUCGUGACGAUCACUAAGAACGGAACAAAUGAGACGGCAUAUGUCAAUGGUACUCUUGCAAACGGUACCACUGCGGCCGACCCUUCGAUUUCCGGCACAUCGUCGAACUUGGCCUUUCCAUGGACGGGUACAUGGCCUGUUGUCGUUCUUGUGUCUGGUAUGAUGUAUGCUUUGUGAGUUGUUGACGUUGGGCGGUUUACUGCAGCGGUUUUUUUGUUUGUUUGCUUUCAUGGUCACUCGCUUUUGAUCUUGCUGUAACACUAGAUAUCACUAUACCCACUCGCUAUAGCUAUGAUAAUGUUGAUUGCUUAUUGCUACAUGCUCGUACUCAUCAUUUAUAUCUGCAGUGGGGCCACAAUGGAUCCAGACACAUGGCGUGCUGUACGACACCUACAUUACACAGCAUGAACUAGCAUGAACAUCUACUGUACUACAAUCUACUCCCCAUAAUACUCCGCUGAAAUACAUGUCCAGAGGCAACAUUUUAAAACCACUUUCCGACAAUCAAAACAAUCGGACCUAUUGACGAGAUCAUCUAAUCUGAAACUGUUCGGCGAAUAUAUGGCAAGCCACUGCAUAACCCAAGUGGGGACUGGCGAUCAAAUUGAUUCACCUUAUGCUCAU